UGCAAUCAGCCUCUUCAGUCCCACAUCGUACAGUAAACGAUGGCUUUCAAAUUCACGGUAGCUUUUCUGCUGGUCGCCAGUUUGGCACUCGUUUCCACCAGAGCCGCCCACAAAAUCGUCGGUGGUGAGGAGGCCGAAGCGCACGAGUUUCCUUACCAAAUCUCUCUGCAGUGGAACUUCAACAACGGAUCCCACACACCGAUGCACUUCUGCGGAGGAUCUCUGCUGAACGAGAACUUUGUCCUAACGGCUGGCCAUUGCGAAACUGCCUAUUCUGACAACGGUUACAUCGAAGUGGUGGCCGCUGAACACGACACAGCCGUCGUCGAAGGCACCGAACAGCGCCGUCAGGUUGCCAAGUUCAUUGUCCACGAGAGCUACAACCCAGGAAUGGUCAGCCCCAAUGACAUUGCUGUCAUUCGUGUGGAUGAGCCGUUCGAGCUGAAUGCCCAGGUGAAAACCGUACAGCUGCCCAAACAACUGGAGCAAUUCGAAGGUGAUGUCACUCUGAGUGGAUGGGGAUCCGUUUCAACGUCGCCGUACCCCGAAUAUCCGGAUAAAUUGAGGAAAGCCGUACUUCCGUUGGUUGCUUACAAGAAGUGCUUGGCUAUGUGGGAUUACUCGGAUGUACUGGAAGAAAGUAACGUCUGUGCUGGCCCAGUGGAUGGUUCCAAGUCGGCCUGUUCGGCCGAUUCCGGUGGCCCACUGGUAAAGCAGUCCGGCGAUGAGGUCAUCCAGGUCGGAGUCGUGUCCUGGGGUGCAGUCCCGUGUGGAACACCACUUCGGCCGACCGUGUUCGCUGGAGUUGCCCACUACGUCGAUUGGAUCCAGCAGAAGCUCCGUGAAUAGAGAAAGGUGGGACUCUUCUCGAUGCAAGUUUGAACAUACGAACAACAAUGGAAUAAAAUGGUGAUGGUAAAAGCAAA